GUGCCGACGUACCUCCUUCAGCCUUUUUAAAUUUUGGAAUUGCCAAUUUGCAUUUUGUUGAAAUACAGGUUCAAUUUUGAAAUUCUAAAAACAUAAAUUUUUGAAUCCGAAACCAAUUUCAUAUCAGAUCCCCCUCGGCCUUCGCACUCUACAAUCUGUCGAGUCAGAAACCAUUCCAGCUUCGAGCACGAUUUUGCCCGCACGUCCGUCUGCCAUAGCUGAACGUCCCUCUGCAUUUUGCAGCCGAUCUCCUUCUCCAUUGCGUAGCUCGUUCUCGCGCAGGUCGAUCCUGGUCUUCUUCUCCACCGUUGUGCUCCUGCAGCAAUUCACGAGUUUUCACAAGCUGAUUGUAUUUUGAAUAAGCAAGAUGGAUAUUGACUGCAUGUGAUUGAAAGCGACUGCACAGUGCCUGAUUUAUCAUUGUUGAACUGCUACAGCCAGGUGGCUACCUCAAAUUGAUUGAGUUGGUAUUUGAAGAUUAAGCUAAUGAGGUUUGCCAACCAUGGCCAAUUUUCUAAGAUUAAAUUUGUUGAAGCUUUGGGGAAUGGCUUUCGAGGAGUGUGAAAGGUCAAAAGGUGAGGCAUUGAACUGACCCAUUUAUGAAAUGUUGAAACCACUUAGAAAAUUUUCUUGAAUGUACUGCAUAUAAUUUCUGUGGGCAAGGAAGAUCAAGCUAUAGAAGAGUAUCAGAUGGACUUUUAGAUCUUCCCUAUGGUGUUUGACAUUUCUGGUUUUCUAUGGUCACUACAAAUAUUGAUUGAUCUGUAUUACUGUUCCUUCACUGCCCAUGAGUUCACCUGUCUCAACAUCGAGAGGACUACUUCCACAAACAAGGGUUGGCUCUUUCGAAUCCCCAAAUUCUGGGGCUUCUGGUUCUUUUGAUCACGCUGAACCAGACUUUGACACUGAUGAAGCUGAGUUACUCUCUGUCUCAUGGAAUCAGGACUAUGGUUGCUUUGCUGCUGGCACAAGCUGUGGUUUUCGCAUAUAUAACUGUGAUCCUUUUAAGGAAACCUUCAGACGUGAAUUGAAAAGUGGGGGCUUUGGAAUUAUUGAGAUGCUAUUCCGGUGCAACAUUUUGGCACUUGUUGGUGGAGUAUCUAAUGCCCAGUAUCCUCCAAACAAGGUUAUGAUCUGGGAUGAUCAUCAAAGCCGGUGCAUUGGUGAAUUUUCAUUUAGGUCUGAGGUUCGUGGAGUGAAAUUGAGAAGGGAUCAUUUUGUUGUUGUUCUUGAGCACAAGAUAUAUGUUUACAAUUUUAUGGAUCUGAAGCUUCUUCAUCAGAUUGAGACUUUGUCGAAUCCCAGGGGACUAUGUUGCCUCUCACACCAUUCAAAUACAUUUGUGUUGGCUUGCCCAGGUCUGCAUCGCGGAGAGGUCCGGAUUGAACAUUUUGGGCUUAAUUUGACAAAGUUAAUUAAUGCCCAUGAUUCUCACAUAGCAUGCCUCACAUUAACAAUGGAUGGGCUUCUCCUUGCAACUGCUAGCAUAAGGGGCACUUUGAUAAGAAUUUUCAACACAAUGGACGGGACUCGCUUGCAAGAGGUGCGUAGAGGAGUGGACAAAGCAGGAAUUUAUAGCAUUGCUCUCUCCCCAAAUGUUCAGUGGUUGGCUGUGUCAAGUCAUAAAGGUACUGUUCAUAUAUUCAGUCUUAGAGUUCGAGUUGUCGGAGAGGACUCGCCAGCCUAUUCCAGUGCUGCUCAAGGUCUAGCACCAUUUCACCAGAAUUCUUCUGCUUCCCUUGAUGCCCUUAUCUCUCCGAGCACGGGUGUCAAUCCUGGUUCAUCACUGUCGUUCAUGAAAGGGGUUCUACCAAAAUAUUUUAGCUCAGAAUGGUCAUUUGCUCAGUUCCACUUAACUGAAGGCACUCAAUACAUUGUGGGAUUUGGAUCCCAGAAUGCAGUCCUUAUUGUUGGCAUGGAUGGAAGUUUCUACAGGUGCAGUUUUGACCCCGUCAAUGGAGGAGAGAUGUUGCAGCAGGAAUAUGUCCAUUUUCUGAAAACUCAAAGCAGGUGUAGAUAGGGGCUCGCCUAAUGGUUGCACCCGCGAUCCGUUCAUUUAAAAUCCAUGUGUUACACGAGAAACCUAAAAAUCCACCAUUGUAAAUGUCAUAAAUGAUGCAUAAGUUGUUGCUUUGCUGCUGUAGCAUAUGCAGUCUUUGUACUUCGUAUUAUGAACUGAUCUAUUAUAGCAAUUUAAGAUCAGAAUGUUAAGUUUGGUUAAAAUUAAAGAGCCAACCUACACUGAUGUUGUCGUUCCA